AUGAAAACUGCUAGAAAAAGCUUUAACAAUAGGCAAAUUUUUGCUUUUCCUCCUAAGGAAGAACUCGAAAGAGUUAUUAAAUAUUUUUCUGAUCCAAACUGCAAAGAAAUAAAUCAAGGUCUAAUGCCCAAUGCUAGUGAAUUAGAUAAAGUUAAAUAUAACGUUUGUCAAUCUAUAUCUCGUUACAAGAGAAUAAACAACCUUACUCCGGCUGAACUAGCCCAGAAAAUAGGUAUUAGUCAAGUCAAAACUGAUGACAUUUUGUUUGGCAGAAUUAGUGAAUUAAGUUUUGAAGAGUUGGCUUCUUAUACUGAGAAACUAAGUGGACAUCUUCAAUUAAAAGUCAACUAUGACCGCAAAACAAAACGAAACACUGAAUACCUAAGAGGAUGUAAAAAAAGAGGAAUUAAGCCGGAUAAAAACAGACUAUUUAAUAAUCAAGUAAUCCGAGAUAUGGUUCAACAACUCCACGAAAAAGAAUUAGAAAGCCGUGGAGUACAUUCGCAAUGGAAAGCUUGA